AUGGAAGGUGGCACAGCAUCUGAGCCAUUGGACAGCAGCUUCGUGGACAUCGCCGCACUCGAAACCGACCCGAAAGAACAGACAGACUCAGCAUACAACUGGACCUACGCGAACGGCCGCCGCUAUGCCUCGACCGAACUCGGACACUACUACAUGCCCAACGACGAGCCCGAAAUCCAACGCCUGAACGAGCAACACUGGAUCCUGACACAAGUCAAAGGCGGCCUGCUUCACCACGCACCGCUCCCCAAGAAAGAUGGCUUGAAAAUCCUCGACGUGGGCUGCGGCAGUGGCAUCUGGUGCAUACAAAUGGCCGAAGACUACCCCAGCGCCAUGAUCAUCGGCAUGGACGUCAGUCCCAUCCAGCCAAAAAGCAAGCCGGCGAAUGUCGAGUGGUUCACGCAAGAUAUGGAGUCCGAGUGGCCGUAUCCGGAGGAGUACUUUGAUAUGAUACGGCUGUCGCUUGUGCACGGCUGCGUUAGCGAUUGGGAUCAGAUGAUGGAGGACAUCACGCGGCAUUUGGCGCCAGGUGGAUGGGUCGAGCAUCAAGAGUUCUCGCUCUGUCGGCAGUACAUGGUCGACGAACAUGGCGAGCCAGUUCAUAUGUCCGACGACCUCGACGAGCUCCCUCCAUUCUUUCGGUGGAACCGAUUGAUGGAGCAAGCAGCGCUAAAGAGAGGACGACAACUCCAGCUCGGACCACACCUCUCCACAUUCCAGUCCAGAGCCGGUCUGAGUGAUGUGCAGGAGAAAGUCUUCCCGCAUAAAUGGGGCACUUGGCCAUCGGAUCCGAAAGAGCGGGAUCUGGGUGCGCGGACAAUGCUUUCUGCUAUAUCAGGAAUGGAAGGUUUCACAACCACCAUGUUCACCAAAGCCCUUGGAUGGAGUCUCGAAGAUACACAGGCCUUCAUCGUGGAGAUCAAGAAUGAUAUGCGGAAUGAUAGUCUGAGGAAGGUCAUGGACUUGCAUGUGGUGUAUGGACAGAAGCCGGUGAUCACGAGAGAAGGCAAGAGACGAAGCUCGCGCGCAUUGACAGAGUCCGAGCACGGCAGCUGGCUUGCAAGAGCUGGGACUGGGCUGCUAGUAGCCGCGGCGACUGUUUCGUUGAUGUGGUGGCUGCGCAAGAGGUAG